AGAAGAAGAAAAAGGACAAAGAGCAAAGAAGAAGCGAAGCAGAAGGGAAAAAGAGAAGAGAAGAGAAGUUGCCAUCACAGUCAUCAUAGCAAUAGAAAUAGAAAAAGCUGAAAAGCUACUUAAAAUAAAAUCACGGUUAGAACCACACCACCGUUAACAGUUCCGUUAUAACAGUUUCCAUCAAUCUUAUAACAAAGUUAACAGACACCACGUCAUAUUAAUCGCCGUUCAUUUCUUCUCUUUCAUUCUUUUUGAAGACGAUGACCGCUCCAAAAUAAUUUUUCCUUUUUUCUCUCAAUUUCUAAUUUCCAAAAGGAAGUAGAUUACAGUUUUUGGUUGGGAAUUAAGGUGGCUUUUGAGUCUUCUGUUGUAAUAUCUUGGUAUCAUGGGUUCAGCUUGUUGUGUUGCUGCAAAAGAUCGUAGAGAUCUUGAAAGUGUGCAUAGAGAUGUUGUAUGUUCGCCAUCAUGGAGCUUUCGAUGGGAUAGUCGGGGGCGUGUUACUGGUGAAAUUGAGAAUCCUUCCUAUCACACGUCUCAUGUAGUAAGCAGAAAUCUCAGCAUGGAGUUUAAAGGCUCAUUAAGUACUGAAAGAGGUAAUUUAUCUGAUGGGGGAAGCAUCCUGGACAAUUCUGCAACUCCUGUUUCCCUGAAGUCUCCUGUCGACGAGGCAUUGGCUGCAAAUAUGAUGACACCAUCUUCUGAUCUGUCCAUGUCAAGCAAUUUUUCUACAGUGGUGAAGAAUCCGGGAGAAUCUUCAAUACCAAAUCAUUCAUUUUCAAUACCUUCAGUUUUCUCAACACCUACACCGGAUCCUUUAUCUAAUCAUGAUUAUCAUCAUCUUUCCAAUUCUACCCCAACUAGAUGGGCACAUCGAUCUCUGGGGCACCCACUGUUGAGACAGAUUUCUGAUAAUCAGAUCAUGGGUCUGAAAUCACCAGACAGCUCAAUUUUUGAAGGAAGGGUGUCAUUUGUACUCUCCACUUGCAGCAAUGAAAUUGAAGCUGGAUCACAAUGUGGAUCGUCUGAUGGCUGGUCGAUGCACACCUCCGAGCUGGUUGCCUCCUGGCAAAGGGGGAGGUGGUCUUUUGACAGUGAGUGUUUAGGCUCGGGCCGUCACAAGAUAAGUGGAUCUAGUAGCAGGUUGUCAUAUUCACCUUCCAUGGAUCUACAAUCUUGUGCGGCUUGCUCUAAGCUUUUGUCUGAGAGAUCGGCAUGGAACAGCCAGAAGUUUAUUGCCAACGGUGACCUCUCAGUUGUUGCUGUACUGGUCUGUGGUCAUGCAUAUCAUGCAGAAUGCUUAGAGACUAUGACCGCAGAAGCAGAUAGCUAUGAUCCAUCUUGUCCAAUUUGUAUGGUUGGUGGCGAUAAGAACUUUUCAAAGUUGCCCAGAAAAGGUCAGACUGAAUCAGAGAUUAAAACCAAAAACCUCAAGAUAUCCAGAAAUCGUGUAGUUGAUAGCUACCUUGAUGGUGGUUUUGAUGUUUUUGAUCGCCAAAAAGAUGUUGAACCGGAAGGAAAAGUUUCGAAGAUGGAGGCUAGCUCGAGUGUGAGGAGCUCAGUUGGUAAGCCCUUUUUGAGGAAGCACUUUUCACUUGGUUCAAAGUGGAACCGAGCUCUGUCUGAGAAUGAUUCAGCCAGGAAGAAAGGCUUUUGGGCAAGAUAUCGAAAAGAUUGAGUUCAAUUUGCUAAAGUCCAGCCAGUGUGACAUGGUUCAUGUGAAUUGUAUGAAUAUGGCUCCCUUUGACAAAUGUUGGCAAUCAUAGGAAGGCAGAGGAAACAAAUACAUAUCUCUUGGGAAGAUGCUUCGCAUGUUUUAUGGUUACAGAGGCAGGUAGGCUGCUUCGUGUUACAUGCUAUACGGUCUUCUGCACUUGGCGAAAUCAUGAGGUUUAAAAAUCAUACCUCGAAAACUUAAAUAUGUUGAUCUCUUUAUAUUUUCAAAAAUGAUGACAGAAUUGUGAAAGUUUGGUCACAAGUGGAGGGGGCCUCGAGAGUAUAGCGAAUCUGAAGAUUAUCAUCAUUUGUCACAGGAACAGUGAAUGUUGUAAUUGAUAAACGUUGGUUCAAUCUGAUGCUUUUGAAUCUUGUAUGAAAGCUAGUCACUUUUUUUUAUUGCCAAGGAACAAGUGCGAUUCGAA